GCAUGCUGCUUCGUGCUGCUGCCGGAGGAGCUGGAAGAUGGCGGAGCCGGGGCCGGACUGCACCGCGCUUCUGGAUGAAGAGCUCUCCUCCUUCGUCUUCAACUAUCUCACAGACAGUCAGUACGAAGUAUCUGGUGAGGAGCACCUUUACUCUGAUUUCCCAGAGAUUGAUUUGUCCCAGUUGGAUGCCAGUGACUUUGACUCAGCCAAUUGCUUCAACGAACUACAGUGGUGUUGCGAGCGCUCUGAAACGGAGUCCAGCCAGUACAGCACAGAUGAUUCUGAGCUUUUUCAGAUUAUAGACAGCGAGAAUGAAGCACUGCUGGCGGCUCUCACCGAGACACUGGAUGACAUCCAGGGAGACGACAUGGGUCUGGCUGCCUUCAGAAAUAUGGACGAGGGGGACAUGCCCAACAGCAGCUGCACAUCAUCCACCCCCUCUCCCAAACCUGCUGUCCCUGUCUCGAGGGGGCUUCCUCUGGCCCCAGAGGUUGAUGAGCUGUCUCUACUGAAAAAGUUGCUUCUUUCUCCAUCCAAUGUGCCUGCAAGCUAUGAAGUUCCAAAAGAGGGAAAUGUGUGGCGAACAGGAGCGCCCAAAUCCAGGUCCCAGAGGUCCUGUACAAAGGUGGAAGGUGUCCGAGACAGGAAAUCCAGCUUUCUCCAACCUCAGAGUCGAAGUUGCAUUGAGCUUCAUAAGCACCUCACCUCCACCACUACACACUGCCCACACACAAAAUCUAGCUGGCCCCCAGAUGAGUGUCACAGUAGCAACGAUAGCACUGAACCCCAGGGACAUUAUGCGCACAAUGGAGAGGACAGUGACUCCAGUGAGGACCUGCUGAGUUUCAGUAACAUUGCCGCAACUCCUCCCUCCUCCUCUGAGGAAGGCAGUGGUGAGAAGGAGCUACAUGCUGCUGUGGAGCUUAUCCGCUACAUGCACACCUACUGCCUUCCUCCCAGAAAGCUGCCCCCAACAAGUCUUGCAGAUGUAAAACACCAGCAUUAUCACAGCCCCUCCAAAAGAGCAAAGCCAGACUGCCCCCUGCGAAAGCCUGGUCUUUGUGGCAAGGACACUCGUUCCUCCAGUUCUUGGCAUACCUCUGCAGGCUGCAAACAGUCCAGAGCCACCUCCUCUGAUUUCUCCAUCUUGAAAGAACUGCUAGCCAGAGACCUCACAUACGAUGUGAGCAAGCCAUACCGGCUGGCCAAGCCUGUGUAUGCCUCCUUGGCCAGGUCACAACCUCCCAAGUCUCCACGAUAUCCACUGCUCAAGACUGGGCAGGCUGCAGAGGUGAGUAAGUCCACGUCUAAAAGGCCACCAGAGGUGAAGACUGGGUUGAGGCAGACUGCCCCAACAGAGACUGAGGCUAAGAAAGAGACUGGCCGCCCUGCAGAAGAGGAUGGCACAACGCGAGGGAUUUUACUGGCCCAGCUAGUCUCUGGGAAGGCAGCUCGCAAGCCAGAGAGCUCUGUUUAUGCAGUACGCCGCUCCAAACGACUGAACCCUGAGCUAAGCCUCUGGCUAUCAUUCCUCGAGGAGUCUCACUCAGACCCUGCUAUAUCCACAGAGUCAACAGGGGACAGGGCAAAGGAGCCAUUUCCUUCCACCACGCCUUUAGAGGACUUUGAUACAGAAGCACCAGCAGCAGAGGUAGAAGUGAAUGGUGUGGAUGAAGUGGAGAGUGAAUGUCAGAGCCCCCCGAUGGAAUUGCAGACCCCUUCUCCGGAGAGUUCUGGAGAGAGCGAAGCAUAUGAAAUAAAUGGGAUCCCGUGUGGCACCCUCUGGCACCAAACAGAAGCACCCAGGUGUCUGGCGCUGCCCUUGGCACAAAUUGACCCUAUAUUUGGGAAGCAGAACUUUGAGCAAGUGUUGACGGUAGAGCUGUGUGGCACUGCAGGUCUUACACCACCAACAACUCCGCCAUACAAGCCUUCAGAGGAGGACCUGUAUAAACCCGAUAUUCACCAGAGGCCAGCAAAGGAGACUGCUAUCAUCACCAGCUCUCAGCUGCAGCCAGCAACACGCAACAGUGUAAACUCCAGGAAGAACCAGAAGAAACACCCAGUGCGGACAGAGUUGUAUGCCCACCUGAGUCGGGCUGCUGCCCACCCAUCUCACCUUGAGCAGCAUGGGAUGCUGAAGCGCCCUUUCUCACGCUCUUUUGGAGACCACGACUACUGUCAGGUCUUGAAGUCCGAGGCCUCACUCCAGAGGAAGGUGCUGAAAUCCUGGGAGCCCCUGAGCCACGUGGAACGACAGCACAAGCGGAGAGUGCCUGACGUGCACUACCAGGGUGCAAAUGAAGAGGAUACUGGUGAGGACUCAGCAAAGGAGGGCAGCAAACAGCUGAGAGACCAAGAGAUCAGAGCCAGCUUGACAAAACACUUUGGCCUCUUGGACAGUGCCCUGGAUGAUGGGGAGAUGGCCUUCUGCAAGACGCCUGAAUAUGACACUGUCUUUGAGGACAGCUGCAGUGAGAUUGGUUCCCAAGUGGAAGAGGAGGAGGAAGAGGAGGAAGAGUACUGCUCUAGUCCCUUGGAAUCCAAGACAUGCCCAUACAAGAAUCCUCUUUCUAGAGCCAGUUUGCACUAUUGUUCCAGAAGCAGGUCUGGUUCUGAAUCUUUAUGUGGCAGAUCCAGGUCUCCAGCAAGCAGAUGGCCUUUCAGAUGUGAAAAUAGCAAGCAGUGUCAGGAUGGAACUGUGAGCAUCCCAGCGCAGACGGAGAAGAGAAGAGAAAAAGCCAUUGGGGAAGGCCGGGUAGUGUUCAUCAAAAACCUCUCCAGCAGUAUGAGCUCCAGUGAACUGAAGCAGCGUUUUGAAGUGUUUGGCGAGAUUGUUGAGUGUUGUGUUUUGACCAGAAAUAAAAGGGGAGAUAAGUACGGCUUCAUCACAUACCGGUGUUCAGAACAUGCCGCCUUAUCUGUGAAGAAUGGUGCCUCAUUGCAGAAAAGAAAUGAACCCUCAUUCCAGCUGAGUUAUGGUGGCUUUGGGCACUUCUUCUGGACCAGAUACACUGACUUGGAUUCCAAUACAGAGGAAUCCUCCCCGGCUCCAGUAAAAAGUAAAUAUGAGACCAUGGAUUUCGACAGCCUGCUGCAGGAGGCCCAGGAAAGUCUGCAUCGGUAACAGCCUUAACCUUUGAGGAAUACCUCAAUACCUCAGUCAAGGCACUUCCAAUAUGUUUACGUUUUCAAAGAAAUGAUCAAGUAUACAACAAGAAUGAGAGAGAGAGAGAGAGACUGCUGUCCCUUUAAAUUGAUGUUUACAUUGAACAAGCUGCUUCUGUCUGUGAGUCUCCAUGGUGUUGAUGUUCCACUGCCACACAUUAGUAUCUUUGCUUCUGAUUGGUUGUGUUAGGAUGAGCCUGCAAAAGCCUCUUGUUCCCUUCUUGUCCACGUCUUUCUCUGACUGUCCCCUCUUCCCUCCUUCUGCCGUGGAGUUGCAGCUGUGUUCAUAACUUUUUUUUGUCUGUAGUGUGUGAUGAUAAAAUUGUUAAUUGUGAAUAGAAUCAGGAUUGUAAACUAAUUUUUAAUAGAAGAAAGAAAUAUAUACUUAUAAUGUAUUUAUGGCUCAGAUGUACUGUAAUUCAGAUUUAUUGUAUCGCUUCCUUGAUUUUUUAACUAUGCACUGUAAUGAGGCACUUGCUCCUCAGCAGAUGUGGCCAAGCCCAGAAGGGCACUCCUCAGUUGCUCAGGUGAAAUUGCUUUUCUUUCCUGGUGGAGAAUUCCACUUUGGCUUUUGAUAAAUUGAGUUUUUCAUAUUGCUAUAAGCCACUCUCCCCAUUUGCAUGGUCUGAGUUGUAGGAUCUCCACUCUCAAAUCGUUGACUGCGUGAGAUUCAGUGUACUGAUUUAGCAGGCCACAGCUGGAUCUAGGAACAUAGUUUUCAAUGCGUGAAGUUUUAAAAACAUUAAAUUGGCAGUGUAACAAUUUGGUAAAGCUCCAUCUGUCUUCCAUGCUAGGAAAAUAGAAAGACUGAUUAGGUCUGAGAGCCGUUGCCAGAAGGAUUCAACCAAAGGGUUCCUCUUUACAAUAUAUAUUACAAUGGUAGCUGUUGUUUUAUGGGACCUCAGUAAACAAAAUUUGGGAGUUUGAAGUAUAGGAACAUGGAACAAACCAUUCAAGGCCAUACAUUGCAUCAGUGGUAGCCUCAGGAAUAGGUUUUUACCAUCUGGUCAUUUUAACCAAAGCAAAAUCUCCUGCCAGGUGGAUAGCAGGAGGCUUUCUUGGCAAUACUUAGUAGAAUGGGGGCAAAACCAUUUUUGCCAUUGCUCUAGACAGGAGUAUGUGAUGCUCAAAGCCAGCUAAUGACACAUUAAUUACCAUCUGAGCAUCCCUGCGUAUUGUAAACACUACUCUCCUCAGUGGAGUUUAAUAAGCCAUAUCAUAAAGCAUUUAGCCAUAGCGACAGUAACCCCAGGAUCCUGUCUCUUUUCAUUAAUAAUUCUGUAAAAUGGAUGCUCUUACCCCACCCUACAAAAGGCAUUCAAUGUUACAUACUUCUGCUUGCAUCCUUUUGAUUUUUUUGGUAGCUCAAAUCUGAUCUCCUAAAGACUUGUCCCCUUGACUGGCUUCUUGUGGGUUUUCAAACUUGAGGCAUUAUAAACUAACAGGGCAAUCCUAAAGUAAGUUAUAUCCAUCUAAGUCAAUCAAUAGACUUAGUAGGCCAUAAUUCUCCUUUCGGUUGCACUGUAAAUUAGCAUAACCAACCUUAUGAAGGCUCAAGCAAAUUAUUUACAGAGGGUGCCACUAUGUCAGGCCAGAACAUUCACACAAACUUCCUGACCAAAAAAUCCUUAGGAAGAAGGAUCCCCUCUGUACCUGUCUCACAGUCGUUACAUUCUCAAGCCGCUAGUACUCAUUAGUGUAGCAGAUACUAUACAGUGAGGGAUGUGAGAGGGAGCCUAACAAUCCAAUUUUGGGGGGGAGGGGUGAAACAACUGAAAGUGUGUGACCCUUAUGCUGGUGUAAAUGCCACUUAUGUUGGUAUUGGGGAGCCACGUGGCAGCACGAUGCCUGAGCUUCCAAUGCCAGAGUCCACACUGGUGCUGAAAGGGGCAUUCCCAGGGGCAGAGCCAGCUUUAGUAGUCAGGUUUCUGAGCCUUUUCAGCCCAGGAGCAUCCCAUUUGCCGGCACAGAUUUAUGCCAGCAAAAAAGUUGGCACAGCCCAUUGUGCUACAUAAGGGAAUUUCACAGAGGUCAGGGGAGAGUCACUUUUGGCUUAGGACCCCCUAACCAUGCUGCAACAACCCCCCCCCCCCCCCCACACACACACACUUAGAAUUGCACUGCCCAAAAUCACUAGAAAUGUCAAAAGACAGUUUUUUCCAGUUGGGACCAAAUAAGCUUACUAAGUUUUCCAUCAGUUACCGUGUCUGGUUUAUUUGUCACAAAAAGGGGAGACCUCUGGGAUUAAGCCAUCCCAUGUAGAUAGAUUAUAAUAGCCUUAACUCUGCCAACAGAUAAAUUAUCUUCCCAUCAGGUCCCUCUUGCAUUAACAUUUGUUUAACUUGAACUAUUGCCAACACCUUAGCAACUUCUGGGUUUAGGCUUAACUCAAGUUGUCCAAAGCCUUACAUGUCUGAGUAGUCCCAUGGACUCAGUAAGGAUGGCACAUGUCAAAAAGGCUACCAGGUAGGACACAGAGUCCUACCUGAAUAAUUUGCUUAGCUCUCUCUUUUGACAUGACACUUUUCACAUCAGAAUUUCACAGUCUAUUGCGGGGGAAAACACAUUGUCGGUAUGUUUGCUGCUGCUCCUUGUUUGUGCCACCUGUGUCUUGGAACUUCCUGAGAAAUUGCAAGGCUCUUCAGUCCUCCUAUAAUCAGCCCCGGAGCAAGGUCUGGCCCAAAGAAAAGCAUCUGCUAUUGACAAGUGCCUCAUUGUAGCUCUGCCUUUUUCUGUCCUAGUAUUUCCUCACCACAAUGAUGUUUACAUGUGAUUGCUAUAGAGCUUACUGUAGAAUGUAUAUAGCGACACAUUUAGGGUGGGUAGGACUGUCCUGUCCUGUGCUGUGCUGAUGUUUUCAGAAAACAAUCGAACAGAAAAAAAAAAUAACCACCCCAACAACCAAUAAGUGGAAUUCUUCCAUCUCCUGGCUCAAUUGUGAAGGUGGAUCAAAGUUCAGAGGUGGCUUUGGUCAGAGAGAUGGAAAAUGCAUCAAAUUUUAAGCCUGCUGAAAGGGUUGAGUGCAUCUGCGGAGGAGGGGAAGCCAUUCUCCUCUUCAAAAGGAGCAGCAUUCAGUGUGAAUAAUUUGCAGCUGCUGAUUUGUACUUACUUGGCUUUAUAUCUCAAGAAGCUGGACUUGCCAAUGAUAUUUGAGCAUGCUAGUGGAUGCUCUUUGGAGGAAGGAAGAUCUGGUAACGCACAUGACCUCUCAAUCCUAGGGUUACAGAGAGGUGCAAUAAGUGGUCUUUGUGUUGCCUGAAGCCUAUAUAAUUUUUUUGCGAGAAACUUCACUAGGACUUUAUGCAAUAUGCACACACUUGCCCAAGCGCACACAUGUUUGGGGAAAGGGUAAAGGGGGCACUAAGCCCCCCUCACUGCUGCUGGAUCCAGCAACUGCUGCCAAUCCAGCAUUGUUGAAUGUAGAACCAGAUUGGCAUGUUCAGAAAUUCAGUGCCAGUUAUGGCAUACCAGUACCUGUGACUUAUUUUCAUGGCUAUUUCAGAAGCACAGCUAAGUUUGCAUCAACUAUCCAGGGGUCAGUGUGUCCUUAAAUGUACUUCCAGUGGUUUGGGAAGUUGCAAUCAAUCAUAUGGGGCAUACAAGAGACAUUAGCAGGAGAGGACUCCGGCAGAGUGGCAACAGAAUGAACUCCCUGCCUGUCCUCAGUUUGUAAGAGCAGCAUGCUGUAAUGCUCUGUAUGCAUUACAGAAAGUCAUUAUAUGCUGCUACUAACUGAAUAGCUCCUUUGUGUCCUAAUGUCAAAUUGACAGGGGUGCAUUGGCCAGUAGCAAGGCCAACUCAGCCCACCAGCUAUGAGCCAUGGCCUGCUAUAAUGGCCCAAUGAAAUUCCUGUUCAUGAUUCUAGACUAGCACUGCAAAACGUGAGCAUGGCGAAGUACCAGGCAAAGGCCACUACACCCCUGGAGUACUGUGACUGGCUUGGUGGGCACUUCUGGGGUUAGAACCUAUGAUUCCUUCUGACAAGUCUUUCUCCAUUGGAGGAAGUCUUUUUCAGUCAAGGAGUACUUAGCAUAGGAUCCCACCUAUGUCUAUAGCACAGUGUGAACCAUUUUGCCCAUGUUGUAGGAGAUAACUUUUCACUGUAGAAGGCCAAAGCAAGACCCCACUAAGCCUGGAACCUCUCCACUAACAUGGAGAGUUAGAAUUAGUUUUGACUCUGUAACCAUCACUGCCAGUAAAAUGUUCAGGCAGAUUCACCCUUUGUACUGACAAGCUCAUGUUGAAUUCACUGGGAUAAUACAUGAAGAAGAGUUGGAUUUAUACCUACCUUUCUCUCCAGCAAGGAGACUCAGAGGGGCUUACAAAUUCCCUUCCCUUCCUCUCCCCACAACAAACUUG